AUGCAGAGCUGCUUCAAAAUUUGUAGAUGCACGGAAGAUCAAAAGGUGACUUAUGCUGCUACAACCUUUGUGGACUAUGCAUUGCAUUGGUGGGAGUCUGAGUGUGCAAUCAGAGGUGAUGAGGAUAUUGCUGCCAUGACCUGGGAGCAAAUGAAGAAGAUGAUGAUGGAUAAGUACUGUACACAAUCAGAGAUGAACAAACUAGAAUCAGAGUUUCUGAGGAUAAGGCAAGGCUCGUUGUCGAUUCAAGAAUAUGUUAAUGAUUUUCUUCAAAAAACAAGAUUCACCAGUUACCAGGUGGCUACUGAGGAGAGAAAGAUAGGUCGUUUCAAGGACGGCUUAAGAAUCGAAAUCAAACGGUACGUAGACAUGACCAAGCCGACCAUGUUUGUCCAAGCAGUAGAGAUGGCAAAGGUAGCAGAAGAGAACAACGCUAGGGAGAAUUAUGAUAGAAGGGAUGCAAAGAGAAAAUGGGAAGGGUCGAACAGGCCCGACAAGAAACCCAAAUGGACUCCGACUACGGCAAAAACAUGA